AUGGAAGCCAUCGAUACGGUUAACGAAACCGACGACAUCCUUAGGAGCCUUGGCUAUUUAUUACUUCAAGAGUAUACAAAGGAGAAGGAGAAGGAGGAGAAGAAGGAGGAGAAGAAGGAGGAGAAGAAGGAGGAGAAGAGGGAGGAGAAGUGGGAGGAGAAGAUGGAGGAGAGGAGAGAGGAGAAGAGGGAGGAGAAGAGGAAGGAGAAGAGGGAGGAGAAGUGGGAGGAGAAGAGGGAGGAGAAGUGGAAGGAGAAGAGGGAGGAGAAGAGGGAGGAGAAGAGGGAGGAGAAGAGGGAGGAGAAGAGGGAGGAGAAGAGGGAGGAGAAGAGGGAGGAGAAGAGGGAGGAGAAGAGGGAGGAGAAGAGGGAGGAGAAGAGGGAGGAGAAGAGGGAGGAGAAGAGGGAGGAGAAGAGGGAGGAGAAGAGGGAGGAGAAGAGGGAGGAGAAGAGGGAGGAGAAGAGGGAGGAGAAGAGGGAGGGGAAGAGGGAGGAGAAGAGGGAGGGGAAGAGGAAGGAGAAGAGGGAGGAGAAGAGGGAGGAGAAGAGGGAGGAGAAGAGGGAGGAGAAGAGGGAGGGAAGAGGAAAAACUCCAGAAAUAAACACAAGUCCUCCUCACCAAUCUAGCCACGAGCCGCCACUGCAGAAGAACAUAUCACAAUUGAAAAAUCACUUCAGCGAGACUCUACAUUCAGUAAUCUUAAACAAACGUGAUAGUCUGGUCUUAUCCUACGAGAAGAAAUCCUUGUAUUCCUACAGACUCAAGGAGAAGUUGGUCGCUCCUAAAAGAAGGGCACCACACCAGUCCAGCAUAUUCCAUCAAAGGACGUACAUAGCUGCAAUACAAUGUACGACAUGUUGCCAGGCUGAAACCUCUAAAAGAUCUCUGAAUUAUGUAUCUGACUAG